AUGGCCACUGCCGUGACGCCCACUCAUCGUUUCUCAGACACGGGCCAUGCCAAUUGGAAGUGCUUUCCUGCUCCCUACGUCAUGCAGACCGAGCAACAGAGAAGUCACAGUCGAAGUCGAAGUCGAAGACGCAGCCGAAACCGACACCUCAGUCAUAGCGACAACUCUCCGCCACACCAAUGGCUGGAAGAUCCCGUUCAGCGCCCUGCUACAGCGGCUCCCACCGUCAAUCAUGAGUCUGCCCAUCCCGUCCCCCGGUCCCGGUCUAGAAGUCGUCUGCGGAAACGUUCUUCGCAACCUGCUAUGAAGAAUACUGCCACGACUCUUGCGAUGUCCCAAGCUGUCGCUGAUUCGCAAGGAUCGCCUUCCAACCAGCAAAACACCUCUGCAUUACCUCACCUACCUCAGACAAUUCCUGAGCGGCGCUCGUCGUUACGAAGGAAGCCUGUUGCCAGCACGACAGACCAACCGAGACCAACCAAAGAACCUCCUGCAGAGCUAAAGCCAGCACCGCCUACUCACGGACUGCUUUCUAUAAGACCCAAACCUUCUCUAACGGAGAGCAACACCAAACUAGACUCUGACAGCGAACGCUCAUCAUCGGCAGGUAGCAUUCAGAGUCCCACCAACCCUCCUCGAACACCUCGACACCAACCACUAGCACCCAACGAUCCCUCUCCCCUGAACCCCCGCUACUACAUCCCGACCUCGGACUUUCCAAGCGCAGGAGCCACGGCACCGGUGCAGUCGCCCGGCGCCAGUGCGCUGAAGAAUGAACACGUGCUACUCCCUGCCGGCUUCAGACCAGGCAAAACCGAACACACCUACGUGGAGGAGGUCGUGAAGCCAGCAGUAACGCACGAAGUGAUCAAGAACAACAAGACCGAGAUCGUGCAAGAAGAAAUCACCAGAGAGAUCCACGUCCAUCACUACUACACCUACACGCAGCCCAUCAAAGCCGUCGAGAUCCUGCCUGCCCGACACUUCAUUGUCGACGGACAAACAGGCGAAAAGGUCGAGAUCCCGCCGCCAGAGGGCUGGGUUAUGCCGGCCAAUAUGCAACCAUACAAACCAGACAUGAGCGCUCUAGCCGUAGAGACUCGGCAUUACCUUGUCGACGAGGAACAUCCCACGGGUGUUCCCGAGCCCGCACCACCGAACGUCCAGAAGCGGGAGUCACAGUCCGAGUUGAGAAAGAAGACGAGCAUGACGGGACAUUGGACGCCGUUCCCCAAAGUGCGGUGA